AUGGUCCUAGCUCUUCCAUACAUGUACAUGAAAUUUGACCGUCCCAAGACUGAUAACACAAGUUAAAAAUGCUGCUAGCUGUCAGUUCUACCAAAGGUUAAUUAUUGAUUAGCUAUGAUUGUCUCAUCUUUUUGAUAUCACCCUUUCUUUCACCUACUUUUGUAUAGUAGAAGCAUGAGGCAGUUUUCUUUUGUGAUUUUAACAGCAGUGUAUUGUGAAAAAAUUACUUUUAUUUGCAUAAUUGUGUACAGGUCUUUUAUCUAGUCCAAUUAUCAAUUUCUAAUUUGAUUCCAAUACUAAUUCAAUUUGUCCAAAUCAGUAAUUUACAUUUUAUCUUGAUUUAUUUCAAGGUCUUGGAGGAUGAGACGUAUGUCUUCACAUCAUCUUUACUAAGUUUACUGGCAGAGUUUGGCACUCGGCCCCCUUUAUUUGAUGCUUCCUGCCUUUCAAAUUUUACAAAGGUACAAAUUGUUUUGUGAAGACUUCUGUCACCAUUAUUGUAAAAGUUACAGCCAUUUAUAUCCUUAGAAUUGUUAUUCUCGCUUAUGGGACGUCUUUCUUUUAUCCUUCGAAUUAAUGUCAGCAAAUAAUGGCGAAUGGCCUUCAGGCCACAAGUUGACACUCUCUCCUGCCUGCUUGGAAGGUUUAUACUUGGAUUUGGGAACUGUUAUAUAAAUUUUCCUGGUCUUUUGUGAAAAAGUUUCAUGAUACAUUUUCUUUAAAUGAUCCUUUGAAAUAAAAACCAGUAAAAUUGUAUUAGUUACUUUUAAAGCCUUAAUCGGGCUAUUUCUCCUGGUGUUCAAUUUACCUGAUGUGAUCCCAAACCGGAUUUGGUCAGAGCUGGCUGGUCUGCCAGCCUAAUCUGUUUUUUUAUUCCUACGUUCAGUAGGCAGUGCCAUUUUAAUUUCUUUGGAAGGCACUCACAUUUACUGUAUUUCUAUAGUUCUUCUCAUUUUAGUCCUAAGUUCCAUAUUUUUCUCAUUUUCUUUUUUUGCGUCUUGCCAUGUCAUUCAUGUAGCGUGUCAAAACUAGUACAUCUGUUUUAAAGGAAACCUAGGACUUUCCCAAUAUGCUUCGAGCAUUCUCAAUUUUGUUUGCCCAUCUUCAUAUGUGAAUAGAAUUGUUAUUCAUUUUCCCUCAAAAACUAUUCUUUUGUGCGCUGGUGAUCGGAAAUACUGGCAUUUUUCCUCUUUCUGUCCUGGUCUUCAUAAAUAUCAACGUCUCCCUUCUUAACUAAAGUCAUAUUUUAUGGCGUCUACCUGGUUUUUCUUAUCUUCAUGGUCUACUCUGUCUUCCACUAGUUCACUUUGUAAAGACAUUUGGUUUUUCAAUUAUCUUGUGUGUAAAGAACUCAUUCUCUUAUCACAUGAACAUUUUGCGUAAAGAUCUCAAUUGAUAGGAUAAUCAGCUCCUGACUAAUAUUUUUUCUGUUGACUUCUUUUCAGCGUUUAUAUAAUCAAUUGCACUGGAAACUGAGAGAUUAUCAUGUAAGUCUAAUGAUUAGUGCGAUUCAUUUCAUCUUUUGAGUAGGAUUUAUUAAUAUACAAAAAAUUGAUUGUCUAAACUUCACAAAUGCAAUGAGCUUGUGCUUUUCAAAUUCCUUCAUUUUUCCGCUGAUCUUCCCAUAUUGGAUGUGUUCUCAACUAAUAAUUUCGAUUGCCAUGUGGCAAAAGGUACCAGAUGCUAAUGAUCAACAGCACGGUCAAUAUAGUCAUUAUGUAAAUGUGGAACUCGGACCUGACCCUAGAGGAUAUGGAAAUCGUGGAGUCAGAGAUCCAAGUGAACCAAAGGUCGACCUCUUUACUGGCAACAAAAAUAAAGCGAUCUUCAGGUGUGCAUCAUCUUUCAUUCUGCUUUUUCGUUUGGUUUAUUUUGAAGUAAACCACAUUUUUUUAAAUUAAAAUGUGAGUGUAUUCACUUUUACUCAUUUGUUUGAUAGUGAUCGUGUUUUUUGCGUUUUCAUCCAUCUGAACUAUAUUAGCCCGUCUACUCAUCAGUACAUGACUAUAACAGCAAUUGAGCAGCAGGCUCAAGUAGACUUCUGCAAUUGAUGUGGCCUGAUUUGGUUACAGGAGUUUAAUUGAUAAGUGAUUCAUUGUGGCUGAAUCUGAUUUAGCAACGUUUGAGACAUCUUGUUGAUACAUAUUAUAUUUUUUUGGGUUUUCAGUUCUGGUUAAGUGUUCAGUUUAAUAUGAACCAGCAGAAGAUAGUCCAAUGGCUAUUCUAUCUCUUUGGUCGAGGUAAUUGUUGAAGAUGGAAAUGCAUUAGCGUUGUAGGUGGACUUUAGGAACCUCUACUCUUGAGCUGAUGGCCAUUAAAUAUUAUUUAAGUUCAAAUAUGUUUGAUAUAGAUACAAAGAUCAGCCACAAAUGAGAACACUCAUAAAAAGAGUAUAUACUUUACUGGAUUCAUAACUGGUAUUUUAGAGGAUAUAUCUUUAUAGGUUAACAGAUUAUUAGGAAGUUUGAGAAUGCUGAGUCAGCAAAAAAGACAUGGAGAAAUACUAGGGUUCUUUGUUGAAAAUAUUUAAACUUUAUAUUAAUUUUACAAAAAUUCGAUGAUAAUAUGACAAGAAUUUUUUUGAAGGCUCCUACAUUGUCACUGAGCAGUUUCUUAUCUCUAAUUCUAAGUUUUCUUAAAGGUAUUGAUCCAUUUAUCCAAUACCAAAUUAAAUAAUGGAGGUACCCUUUUAAAUCUGCCAGUGUUUUACAAAUGGAGUAUCAAAAAUCAUUUGUCAGGGGCAUAUUAUUAUGGAACCACAUAGAAGCCACGGCCAGUAGUUGUUCACAUCUUUUGGUUCGGCAUCUUGAAUUAAUUUAUUUUAUUUUGCGUCAUGUUAAACCGCUAUGAUAUCUUCAUGCUUAAAAAAAUGUUUCCUCAACCAUUUUCACUGAAUAUGCCUAAUCAGCAAUCCGAAGCACUGAUUAAUAUACUGCACCACAAGGUCUGGGCUACCUUGUUGUGAUACGUCACCUCUAUUUUCAUGAAUUCUCGGAUCCCAAUUGACUAGUCUUUGGAAAACCUGUUCUUUCCGCUCAUUAAACUCUCAUUUGACCUACGUGUCAUUGACUUAUCCAACUAGGUUCUGUUUCCAACUGUUAAAGACUCAAACAGAGGAAACAAUGGCAGUGUCUUGCCCUAGUAUUUGACGCAAACCAAACCAGAAUGGAAAUUUUCUGUCAUAUCGAUUCAUAGAAAAAUUUCUGGUUGUAUUCAAUUACCACGGCCUCAAAAAAAGGAAAUCUACCGAGGUUGAAUCUCACGAUUUAUAGGAUACUCGACCAAAUUAGACAACAGGCAAACAAUAGGAAACUGGCCAAAAACCUAACCAAAAAAGGAAACUGAUCAACAAAACUAACCCUUAAUAUAUGCUUUUUCCCACAGUAUUUAUUUUCAUUUUUUCCUUUGUACAUCGAUUGAAUAGGCCUUACAUCUCAUAAAAUUUUAGCAUUCAAAUCUUCUUAACAUUGAUUGAUCCUUACAUCUCAUAAAUCUCUUACAUUCACCAAAACCCGAAAGGAUCAUGAUCUUUCAAAAAAAAAAUCCUCUCACACUUGGCUCUGUUCCUGGUUCCUUGACUUUAGUGUUGUGACAUUUAUAUGAUAAUGUACAACUAAAAAUAUUUUUUAAUGUCAAUCUGUCCCCAACUAAAAAUGCCACUAUCUGUCCAGAGACCUAUCCAAAUGCUUAAUCAAUUAGACGGGAAAAUAAAUGAUGAUCUGUUUUCUUAUAAUGUUUUUCUCCAAGGUAUCUUCACUUUCGUAGGUUUUGGUGGUAUAGCGGCUCCAAUGAACAUUGAACAUUUUUUUUUCCUUUAGGGUGAGAAUCUCCCAUGUUGACAUUAUGCCAUGAGUGAUAUUUUCUUCCUUAAUUAUUAAACAGGAAGGUUUCAGGAUCGAGGAGCAGUGGACCUUAAGUGUGGGGCCCCUCACCCCAAAUUAUAAGCAAAAUUGGGAUGAAAAUAAUUAAUAAAUACCCCAGGAUUGCACUAAAACUGGUUCUGGAUAAAUAGUAGACCAGAAUCAGCCAUGGUUCCCUAAAGUCUUAGUAGAAUCGUAUUCUUCCACUAAUAAAAUGCGGAGAAUCAUCUCCUCUUUUCACUAACAGCCUUAAAUGGCUACAGACGGUUCGUCGAACUAUUAUAAUACCAGGGCUUUAAUUACAGAGACGUUGAAGGGCCUACAGCAUUUUCUGCUUUUGGAGAUGCAGCUAGCGAUACUGCUGAUGGGAAACUUGCGGUCAAUGACUUCCUGUUUCCUCUCCAGCAUGCAGAAGGUAUUGUAAAUCAGCUUUUGAAUCCAAGAGGGGAAAAAAACACCUAUGAACUUGGUGACAAUACGUUUCAGGAAGCGAGGAUCUGCCCGGAAUAUAUUCAUUUCAAAUUACAGGAGAUGCCAAACCAGGAGGUACCCUUAGGGCAUGUGGUUUUCCAAUCAACAGAACAACUGUGUGUAUUUUUCAGGUAAUAGAGGGUGAUUAUUACUUUGAUUGGUAAUCAAGUUUGUAUUUUUUUUUGCCAUUUUCUGAACGUAUUAUCUAGAUGCCCUACGUUUGAUUAAUUUAAGAUCAGAAUUCUAUUCUUACUUACUUUUAAUUGAUGUCAGUGGGUUCGCCUUCUACAAGAUGGUGUAAGUCAGUACAUCGAAGGUGAGAACUAAAAUAACUCUUGAAAAAAUCAAUUUCACAUUUCCUCCGCAACGGAUGUGUUGGGGAUCAAGGAGUUUGUGGUUCCCCUGAUAACUAUAUCUUUUUCUGAUCUUGUCAGGAGCUACUAACCCAGAUUAUGUGGUGACUGCUGACGAUGUUGAUAAGAUUAUAGCUGUUGAGUGUACUCCAAUGGAUGAUAGUGGACGUCAGGUCUGCUCUUGA